CCGCCGAGCUCCGGCUCUUUUCUAGGAAUACUAAUCAAUUAUCUAGCAUUUUCGUCAUUAUCGCAAGGAUGUCAGACGCCAAGCAAAUCGCGGCACAAAAAAGUGCUAAGAUAGCAGCUGGAGCUGUUGUGUGUGUUGAGAGUGAAAUAAGAGGAGAUGUGACCAUUGGUGCUAGAACAGUUGUCCACCCCAAAGCACGGAUUAUAGCAGAGGCUGGACCUAUUGUCAUUGGAGAGGGUAAUCUAAUAGAGGAGCAGGCGCUUAUCAUUAACAGUUAUCCAGAGAAUAUCAUGCCUGAUACAGAGGGAGUGGAGCCAAAAACCAUGACAAUUGGGACCAACAAUGUGUUUGAAGUUGCAUGUGUCUCUCAAGCGUUAAAAAUCGGGGACAAUAAUGUGAUUGAGUCCAAAGCUGAUCUUGGGAGAAACGUGAUCCUGACCAGUGGGUGCAUCGUCGGCGCAUGCUGCCAGGUCAACACAUGUGAGGUCGUGCCUGAGAACACAGUCGUGUACGGUUCAAACUGCAUCAGGCGCGUGCAGAGCGAAAAGCCACAGCCUCAGACUCUGCAGCUGGACUUCCUCAUGAAGAUUCUGCCAAACUAUCACCACCUGAAGAAGACAACCAAGGGAGGCAGCACGCCUGUGAGGAACUAAGAUGGAGUGAUAUUAAACCUUAAGCCUCUGCACACAGGCCGACACCUUUCUCUCAAUUUUCACUUCUCUUACACUUUAGUGUUGUUCUUUAAUGUCUUGUAGAAUACCUCUGACCCUGAAAUGACUCUAUUUUUCUUCCUGUAUGUGAGGAAUGACACCAUUCUUUAGCACUUGUGAAAAUAUCUUCCAUUUCACUUUGCUUACUUAUCAAUAUUUACACUAUUUGUGAUACAUUUUCAAACUUUCUUGUGCCAUUUUAUUGAUAAUACCCACAUAUAUUUAUCAAUGCACCAAUAAAGAUACAUUAGUAUUGAAAUAAAGAUUAUAUCAAGAAGCUUGAA